AUGGAGCAUACGCCUGCACCAUAUGUUCCUAGAGCAGUUUAUGGAUAUGCUAUGUACAUUGGAUCUAACUUACUUUUUUUACUUUAUCUCAUAUGGUCCAUAGUACCUGAUAACAUUUUAAAAGACUACUUAGGUUUAUCUUAUUAUCCAUCCAAAUAUUGGGCUAUUGCAAUUCCUAUUUGGGCUUUAACAGCUCUCGCUACAUUUGCAUUUAUCAUUUAUCCUGCUAUGAAUUUAUUAAUGACUCCUGAUAUAGAUGAUAUUAGAACCAUUACUGAUAAUUAUGCGCAACAUGGAAAAGAAACUAUUCCUGGUGGUAUACCCACUGUUUCGGAUAUACCAAUAACAGAAGUUUGUAGACAAUUAUAUUUAUCUGAAGAAACUAAACUUAAGUAUAAUUAAAAUACUUUUAUAUGUUCAUACAUAAAUUUCAAUUAAGGAGAUUUAUUAAAGAAUCAUUAUAGAAAAUAUAUUAAAUACAAUUUAACUCUUUGCGGUCGUAUUAAAUUUAGACAUGGGUAUCGUACUGGUCGGAAUUAAUUUCCGUUGAGAACGAGCAGUGAUAGAUAAUAUGCAAGAUUAUGAAGGAUAAACAAACUUUAGAUAUAUAUAUAUAUAUUUACAUAAUAAUAUAUUUUAAUGUUAUAUUGUUAUAUAAAAAUUAUAUUUUAUAAUUCUUCAUUCGUGUGGUAACUUUCAAAAGAGUCUCCAACAUGAAGUCCUGAUUUUCGACUGUCACAAAAAUAAUUAGAUAUUUCUGUUUGAACAUGUAGAACAAUUUUUGCUUUUUAUGUUUUGACAGUGCCAUACAAUACAUGUAGUUUCUCAUUAAGCCUUUCCUCUUUAUCUGAGGACGAUGGUCUUUCUGAUUUUGAAGAUGCUACAAAUUACCUACAAGUUGUUCCAACAUAAAAUGUUCCAUAUAUUCUUAUUCCAAUAGCAUUUCAUAUUAGGAACUGGUAUAGUACCCAUGUUAAGGAUUACGCCCAAAAAAGGCCUUAAUUCUUCUUUCAUCGAAUCGACCCAAUUGUUUUCUACGUUGAUCCAUUAGAUAAAUUCUGCUGUUCCAUUUUAUUUUUAGCAUAUUUAUUUGUUUCUAAUAGAAUUUUUUCAAGCAGUGAAAGAAGAGUCUGAAAAAAGCGAUAGGUUCCGUAAAAUGAACAGUUACAUUAGGUUCAAUAAUUUUAUGUCCCGUUGAAAAAUGAAUUUUUGAUUGCGACUGAUCUUUGUACGUAACUAAUCUCCAGGUAAUAAAUUCAUCCAUACUACUGUU